AUGGUCUCAAUGCAAGGUGGACAUAUAGGCAAGACAUGUCAAGAGAGAGAGAAGCUUGGACUAUUGAGGAGGAACAUGGUAAAUAUGAAGCUGAUUUUGAAUUCAUACAUACAGAGAGAAGCUUGGACUAUUGAGGAGGAACAUGCACUGAUUAAUGCCCAUCGGGAUGGGAAUAGAUGGGCAGAAAUAGCAAAAGUUCUUCCUAGAACGAAUCGGGUACUUCUAUUUGUUCUUAGGUUCUUCUCACCUAUAGCUAAAGUCAAAGACGAUGAAGCCAAGUGGAUUAUUGGAGUUACAAGAUACACAAAAUCAUCGGUCAUCUAA